AGCUCCCCUCCCACCCUCCCCACACACACCAAAUCCGCAGCCGUCGUCUUCCGCUCCUCCUCCGCCCCAUCCGAUACUCUCUGCCCCUCGCUGGCUCCCGUGGCUUCAUCGCCGCACCCUCUGCCGGCCACCGCCUCCUCCCCUCCGCCCUCUGUCAGAAAUUAUGGAUGAAGAAAAUUUCACGGAACAUGGCAUUGGUGAACUCCCUCAAAAUCUUUACGACGAAGAGCAACUCAACUCUUACGACAAUACGGCGCAGUAUAAUGAAGAGCCCAGUGACUCGUACAACGAAGAGCCCGGUGACCAAUUCGAGGAAGGAGCUGGGAAUACAUACAACGAGGUGCAAGCAAAUUUGCUCAGCGAAGAACCAGAAACUCAGUAUGAUGAUGAACCAGCAAACGUUUACCAGGAAGAGAAUGCAUACAAUGGGGAAGUGAAGCAACAGGAAAGCUUGCAGGUAGAGGGUGAUGAUAAGAGGUGGCCAGGUUGGCCAGGAGAUAGUGUUUUCCGUAUACUGGUCCCAGCCCAGAAGGUGGGUGCCAUCAUUGGCCGCAAAGGGGAGUUUAUCAAAAGGAUGUGCGAGGAGUCUAAAGCUCGCAUAAAAAUACUAGAUGGCCCACCUGGUGUAACAGAAAGAGCAGUAAUGAUUUCAGCAAAGGAUGAGCCAGAUGAACCGAUAUCUCCAGCUAUGGAUGGCUUGCUUAAAAUUCAUAAGCGGAUAACUGAUGGUUCAGAUGGUGAAUCUGGUCAGCUCCAACGGGGUGCUAGUAAUGUAGGACCAACACGACUGCUAGUGCCAGCCUCCCAAGCUGGCAGCCUUAUUGGGAAGCAAGGAGCAACAAUUAAAUCCAUACAAGAUUCUUCAAAGUCAGUUGUCCGGAUUGUUGAAAAUGUGCCCCCUGUUGCACUAAAUGACGAUAGAGUUGUGGAGAUACAAGGCGAGCCUCUUGGUGUCCACAAAGCAGUGGAGUUGAUAGCAAGUCACUUGAGAAAAUUUCUUGUUGACCACAGCGUUCUCCCACUAUUUGAACAGCAAAUGAAAAUGCACAGUGUGCAGAGAGAACAGCCCAUGGCAGCCCCACAGCAUUGGGCGCCUCCUCAACCCUGGGUUCCUCCUCCAAACCUCCCUCCUGGUGGUCCAGGUUAUGGUGGAAAUCCACAGUUCAUGCCUCCAAGGCCACAAGACAACUAUUAUCCCCGUCCAGAUGUGCCGCCUAUGGAAAAGCAGCCGCACUAUGGCAUUUCUGCAUAUGGACGUGAGGCACCACCAAGUGGUACUUCAGGCAAUCAACCACCACUGCAUGUGGCCUCUCAGGUACAUAACAUGCAAAUUCCUCUCUCCUAUGCUGAUGCUGUGAUUGGGGCGGCUGGUGCUAGUAUCAGCUAUAUCCGUAGGCACAGUGGUGCAGCAGUAACUAUUCAAGAAAGCAGAGGUGCACCUGGAGAGAUGACUGUGGAGAUAAUUGGAAGCGCAUCCCAAGUUCAAACUGCCCAGCAACUGAUCCAGAAUUUCAUGGCGGAAGCUGCUCCACAAACCCGGCCACCGGCUUCCAAUCCUCCUGCUCCGCCAGUUGAUCCGGGUUACGGCUCUUACCCGCCGCCGCCAUAUGGGGCUCCUCCCACAGGUGCAGAAGGGCCUGCUCCUCACAAUGGCGGAGGCUACGGUGGCGGCUCCUACCAUCCCAGCUAUGGAUACUAGCUGUCAGCAAGCGAAAUGAUUUGCUCCAUCUAUAUUGUGAUGGUUGAUUGCUUUUAUUGUUGCCCAAUAAUUACAUUCUUGGAUUCCUGCCCAUCAAAUUAGUCAGUCUGGUGUAUGGGGUUGGUCGUAGACUUUGGUAGUAUGUUUACCGUCGUGACAUGUGGUCUAUAGCUGAGCUACCUCAUUGGAUACAAAAUACAUGUUGAGUUGAGUUGGAACAAUCUGCUAAAUUUGGAAGACUGGGUAAAACAAAUUGAAUCGAA